AAGCUGACAGAACAGCACAGUGAGAAAUGGCUACAGAAGACCAUCCAUAGCGUUCUCACUAUAACAAAGCCGCCGAGAGACACCUUGUCAGCAGACCCAAUUACGAGGAACCACCCACAUUCAACCCGCCCCCUAAGUACAGAUGGCUUCUCUCAGUUUAUGCCCUCGAUAUUAUGAACCGGAUGGACCAGAUCAAAGCGUCCAUCACUUCAACUUUUAGAACCAUCCUCAAGAUGGAUUCUACGAAGAAGAUUGUAAAGAAGCUUUCAGGACAUAGCGCAGGAACUGCAGCCUGGUGUACAAAUAUUGGAAAUGAGAAUGGGCAUGUCCUUAUCAGUGUUCUGACAGCAACCGAGGGACAAGGACUUCAGCAGAUGGCCAAUGGGCUAAUGAGGAGGUACUCUGAAGCAAACGAGCCUCCCCCCGAAGUGAUGUAUGUAGACCGUGACUGCUGUGGCCAGAACUACAAGACCAAGGAGAUGUUCUCACUCUGGGAUGAGAUGGUUGUCCGCCUUGACAUCUGGCACUUUAUGAGAAGGAUCUGUAUCUUAGUGAUCCCCGUACAAUGUGCCUAUUGGCACAUACGCAAAGAAGAAGAGGGUAAUUCUUGAACAAUUAUGCGAGGAAAAAGUCAAUGCACUUUCGGAGAUAAAGCUUCAACAGCAAAAUAUCCGCAGACUGAAGGAAAAGGUUGAGAAUGAGGCAAGAGCCAGAGUGCGUGAGGCCGCGGGAGAUGCCAGCAAUACUGAGUGGGUGCUGAGCAAGUGCUCACUCCAGUUUGGCAUCUACCGCGGGAAAACGUUCAUCUGGCUGCUCAGUAAUGACUGGGGCUGGGCAGUCAUGGUGCUGGCCAGCCACAAGACCAAGAGGGCAAUUAAGCAUCCACAAGGGGACAGCCAGUGGG